AAGUGUGAAUAAACUUAUAAAGUUUAUUUACCUCGAUUAUUUUGGAAUAUAGUUUAAAAGUGUUAACGGUAUUAAAAGAUGAAAUACUGUUUAAUUAAUUUCUAUUGUACGAAAAUUAAAAUUGGAUAGACAAAAUAUACCGAAAAUACAAAACAUUUUUUUUUUGUCCACAGCAGUUGAUAUAUUUCGUAAUGUAUAUGUAACGUCAUGGAGGUUAUGAGUCAUGAAAGCUAUAAUUAUUAUAGAAGAUGGAAUAACACAAAUUUACGCCACCGGUUUAAUCUUAAAGUUUGGUCUCUGUCAUAUGCAUGCAAACAUAUGUGUCAAAAAGUGCUAAUUUUACAAUAAAGGGAAUGUAAAGCGUGCUUUAGUACUGAUGCAAUAACAUAUACUGAAUGAAAAAAAAAUGUUUUUGCAUAUAUAUGGAAGCAGGCAUUAAUUCACACAAAAAGCAAAAACAAAAAACAACUUUGCUUCUAAUAAGAAUCAACAAAACUAAUGCAAUUUGCCUUGAAUUUGACAAAAUUUUGUACAGUAAAAAGCACUUGAAAAUGCUCUAGAUUUUCUUUCUGCACAUCAGCAUGAAUUACGUUGAAAAAUGUAUGGAGGACGAUCCGGGUCAACACAAGGAUUGUACCAAUCUCGACUUUUACCUAUACUGAAAGGGCAAAACGCCGACAGCUCAGAGAGUAUACCAAUGAUGACGUCACCUGAUGACGUCACUGAAGUUCAAGGCCAAGACAUAGUCACUUUCAAUGUGGGUGGGGUACGAUUCGAAACGUUGAAACGCACCCUCCAAGGAGAUGUCCAAACGAGACUUUCUGAUACAGAAUUUAUAACCAGAUACUAUGUUCAAGACAGAAUGGAAUACUUUUUUGACAGAGAUCCAGAUAUAUUCAAGUCAGUACUUAAUUACUUACGAACCGGAAGUCUACAUCUGCCAUCUUUCAUUUGUGGACCGUCGGCAAAGAUAGAACUCGAAUUUUGGGGUGUGCGACAAAAGAAAAUAGAGCAGUGUUGUUGGAUAAAUUUCAAUGAGUGGAAUUCAACGCAAGAAGCGCUUAAGAGACUAGAGCAUGACCGGAAGGUAAACAUGUUACCACGUGACACUGUAUGCGACGAGAACGCCACCUUCUGGCAAAAAUGGCGGCCUGUCGUGUGGAGAUUAAUGAACAGAAGCAACUCCUCACGUGGAGCUAAGGUAUUUGGAGCUGUGUCUCUUCUGUUCGUUGUGGUUUCAAUUUUCUCAUUUUUGGCAGAGACCACAGAACCGUUUGAAUAUUACACAGUAAAAACAACAAAUAAACCAUCGGUAAAUACCACAACGGUUUCACCACUAAAUUUAUCUGACGUAACGUCAACAUUAUUGACUAACAUGACGUCAAAUAACAAAACUAUGACGAACGGUUCAAGUGAAUAUACUAUCAGUGAAGAGAAAGUAAGAACUAAACAUCCUGCAUUACAAAUAAUAGAUCUGAUUUGUCUGAUAUAUUUCAUAACCGAGUAUGUCACCCGGUUAAUAUUUUCUCCAAAGAAGCUGAAGCACGCAACAUCACUGUUAGCUAUGAUAGAUGUUCUUGCAAUCUUGCCAGACUUGAUUGAAUUCAUAGUGUACGUUGCUAGACCUGACUUGAAGGGUGACGUAGACGCCGUUGGAUACAUAACAAUCAUCCGGGUAAUUCGUGUGUUAAGAAUUUUCCGGCUUGUGAGGCAUUCUGCGGGCCUGUGGAUCUUGAUUUAUACACUACGCGCCAGCUUCAGUGAACUAAUGCUGUUAGUCUGGUUCAUGGGACUAGGGAUUUUAGUGUUCUCAUCUCUCAUCUACUAUGUAGAUGACCGGGAACAGUUCAAAAGUAUUCCGAGUGGAUUUUGGUGGGCGCUGAUCACCAUGACGACUGUUGGUUAUGGUGAUAUGUAUCCCACUACGACACUAGGAAAGGUCGUUGGUUCGUGUACUGCAAUGGCCGGAGUUCUGAUGAUUGGUUUUACGGUACCGGCUCUUGUAAAUAAUUUCAUGCUCUACUAUAGACAUGUGCAGUUUGCAAUGAAUACUGAAGACACGGAUAAAUUAAGCGAGGAAGGAAAAACAACAAACACCGUUGUUGACAAAGAAAGAAAUGGCGAUAUCGUAAAUGGGAAAUCUGAGAAACAAAAUCAUGACGAGUCGUAUUUGUAGU